GAGGAGGUGUCAAGCACUACGAAAGAGGCUGAGAUUUUGGCCCCUUCUGCUUUUGAGCUUGCUCUUGAGGGAGCUGAGGUACCUACCCUCUUCUACCGAGGUUCUUGCUUGUGUGGUUUCUUCUACUCCAGCUACCUUCGAAGCUCUUGACCCUGCUCUAACUCUUGUUUCGGGGAUUGCUGAGCUGCCCGUCAUUCUUGUUAACCCUAUUCUAAUUAAUUCCUUCGAGGCUCCUGUGCUGUAUGUGGCUCGAGCUGACCACGAUUCAAUUGAUGCUUCCCAGAUUGCUGAGCUGCCUGAGGCCCCAAUUGACCCUACUAUUUAA